AUAGGCCGUCAGGACUCGGGUGAAGUCGCUGCAGGCGAAGGAGCCAUCAGGCAAUCCCGGAGCAGAGCUCCUGAGCGAAGAGCUAGUAGUGUCCUGAUCGAUGGACUUCACGCAUUCCAGAAUGCGUAAUUGACUAUCUGCGCACUUCAACCUGCGCGAUUGACUACCGGUAGACAACGACUUCUCGCCGAAAAUUGUCUAGCAAUUCGCCUCGACCGGAAGCACCUGUGCACCCGCUUCUCCACGACGUUCGAGCCCAGUUUUGUUGCUCUUGGUUUCAACGUGUGAUUCAACUCCUGCAAGCUGCGCAUGGCCAGCCGUUUGUACACAAAAGUCCCUAAUUAAUUCCCGGACACAAAUAAGUCUCGGUUGGACUUUUGGGGUCCGUUGGGUUUUGUUCAGUCCCAGACGCACCGUUUUGGGCCAGAUACUUGUGGGCGAGGAGAACCCUGUAGGCCAGAAUCUUAGAGUUGUUGAAGUUGUGGCGCUAAUGCCGAUUUCAGGUUGUGUAGGUGAGCUGGCCUGUGGAGCUCGAUAAUCAGAGGGGUUGUGCCAGCCCCGUCGUCAACAUUAUGCUGUACUGUGUGUCCAGCUCGGAGGAAGCGCUUCGAGCUUGUGGAGUGGAUCGAUCAGAGUCAACUCAGAUUGGGAUAUAAAGAUAUACUGUACUGGGUGAUGGGAACACGGUGCAGAUUGUACAAUGUUGAGUGGAGUGGGUGGCAAGUUCUGUUGAUCGAGUCGGUAUGAGUUAUCUAUUGUUAAUACUUAGGAAGCGAGGAGGCGCAGUGAGUGAGUAAUAUCAGUUUGCAGGGCGAGGUGCCUGAGUAAGCAGAAGAAACUGGAGGAGUUUAGUAAGUUAGCUGUCCUUGCAAUCGAAGGUCUACUAUGGCUGGAGAUCAGAGCAGCACAGCGAGAACUCUGGAGUACACGCCGACAUGGGCACUUGCCACAGUGGCCUGCGUCUUCGUUAUCAUCUCCCUGGCAGUGGAGCGAUCCCUGCACUCUCUUGGUCAUUAUCUGCGAGAGACCAAGCGGAAACCACUGUUCGCAGCGCUGCAGAGAUUGAAAGAUGAGCUGAUGUUGAUGGGAUUCAUUUCCCUGACGAUCACGAUACUACAAGAUCCGGUGUCGAAGAUUUGCGUUCCAAUUUCCGCUUACAACCAAUGGACUCCUUGCAAAAUCUCAAGCCGACAAAGCACAGCAAAGACGACUACCCCGCCAUCGCGAGUCUCGGAUGAUGACCAACCAGAACAUCGCCGAAGGCUUCUGGCAUCGGCAUCAUCCACCAGCUCCACAUGCAGUGCGGGAUACGAGCCAUUCGUCUCGCCAGCCACUCUCCACCAGCUUCACAUUUUCAUCCUCGUCUUGGCUCUGGUCCAUGUUGCAUACUCGUGCUUAACCAUGCUACUUGCUCUUAUCAAAGUGUACCGCUGGCGAAAGUGGGAGAACGAAGCUCAUGAAGCAGUAAAACAAGCAACUACUGCAGAGCUCCUGCAAAGCAUUAAGUAUACGCGCCAGUCGACAUUUGUGCGGUACCACACGUCGAAGCCGUGGAGCAGAUCAAGAUUUAUUGUGUGGAUGGUUUGCUUCUUCCAGCAACUGUACAUUCCUCGCGCAGACUACCUGGCCCUUCGCCUCAGUUUCAUCACCACACACAACCUCAAAGAAUUGUAUGACUUUCACGCGUACAUGGUUCGCAGCAUGGAGGACGAAUUUGAAACCAUUGUAGGCAUAAGCUCUUGGCUAUGGGCAUUUUUCGUGGUCCUAUGGGUGUUCAAUAUUGACGGAAGCCAGUUGUACUUUUGGAUGUCGAUUAUCCCAGUUUUGGUAAUUUUAUGCGUAGGGACGAAGCUGCAGCAUGUAGUGGCAACCCUAGCACUGGAGAAUACAGGAGUUCCAGCCGCCUUGGUGGGCGUUUUGCUGCAGCCGCGAGACCAGCUCUUUUGGUUUAACCGGCCGAAAUUACUGCUCUCCAGCAUCCACUGGGUCCUAUUCGAUAUUUCCUUCGAGUUCGCCACCUUCAUCUGGCAUGUGUGGCAGUUCGGGUACGAUACCUGCCUGUUGGAGAAUAACAAGGGCUACAUCUUCGGCCGCCUUGCAAUGGGGUUUGGAAUUUUACUAUUCUCCAGCUACAGCACGCUGCCGCUCUACGCCCUAGUGACUCAGAUGGGCACCAGUUACAAGAAAGCUGUGCUUUCGAAGCAUGUGGAGCGAGUGCUGCGACAAUGGCACAAGGACGCUAAGCAGAGGCUCAAGGUGAACGCCAUGGCACAGGCAACCGAAGCACCGGCUGAUGGCACUGCUCCAAGUAGCAGCAGUUUAGUAGUCCAUUUUAAGUCGCGCCUGACUCAGCGAAUUGAUGCAACUCGACGCUCGCCUUUGUCGAGUCCUAGGAACGGGUUGCCAACACCAGGAGCGCAGGUCAAGAUGGAAGAAGGGACACUGUCAAGUCCACAUGAGACAACGCUUCCCAGAAGUCCCAAGUCACCAACUACAGCGCAGAGUAUAUGGAAGCACCGCGUACGAACAGAACCUUCGAUGGAGAAAACUGGAAUGCCUUCCACACCAAAUACCGAAACGUCAGCUUCGACCUCAAACGCAAAUCUGGACAAAUUCGCAUCGCUCCAUCCUGCCUUCAAGAGCCGCGCACUGCAACGUCAAAGCUCCCUUCCGAUUCAUGAGAUCCGCCAUUCAUAGGCAUCCAGCUUCGAUUACACCUCUCGCUCCUCCAUUGUCUUCGAACGAGGAAACUCGAUUGAAGAGAUAAGCAAUUUGAACGCCCAUACUGUAAAGUUCGUUCCCACUUGAAGAACAGAGGUGGUCGCGUGAACUGACAAGCAAAGCAGCGUGCCCAGCAUAGACAGUUCUUGCCAAAAGUAACAUGACGUGUGCUGUCACAUACAAAAUGUUAGGCUUGAAUCUAUUCGCACUAAAACUCUGUCGUUUCUCUUCCAGUAGUUCAAUCUGCCAGAACCAGCAUAUCUACUGACCUUAACGAGGUACAACAGGCGGAAUAUUCAGAUGUACAAUCAGGGGAAAGCUGUACGACAACGAUCGAGAAUAGUCACUGACAUGCCAUGCUAAGGAAGCAUUGUAAGUGCAAGGCAUGGGUAAUCACAUAUCUGACACAAUUUUCAAAUAAUGACAAGAAUAAUCUGUAGGAAUUUUCAUGAAUACUUUGGAGACGUACGAUUGGCAGACAGCCUUAUAUACCGUGAACAAAUUGCAGAGAGCUAUGUAUUCCACUCAACAGUACAUCAAAAGGAAAUGAAGGAAAAAGAAUUCCACAUAAAUGUGUCGUUGGAACAUGCAUAGUGAUAGUAUGUGAGCCCGUUCGUCCAAUCAACAUGAACUUUCAUGCACUGAAUAACAGAUAGAACUACUUCAGCAUGUUCUCCGCUCUGCAGAGGAGCAAUUGUUCAAUAUGACAAGUAAAGGAACCUUUCUAAAUCACCAUCACAAAAGCAAGUUAACAAAACAAAAUUUUAAAAACAAAAAUCGCUUGAAUACGCAUUAGGUUUGUCGGACCUAGUAAAGGUAUUUCAAAUGAAGAAUGUUUCAAAAUUAUAUCGAUAAUAGAACCAAACAGUACAGCAAUAAUUCAGAGAAUGCAACAGUGCACAUUUAUUUACAUUUGUGGCAAAACAACGAAACCUCGUGAGGAGUUCAAGACGGCCAUAUACCGUCAAGCGCCCUGCUGAACCAAUUACAAAUUACUGAAGCCUAACUUCAAUACCACCACUACUGAAUCUACAUCUAUCUAAGAUGUACCAAAAAAAA